GUCAGUGGUGCUGCUUUAGGUGGUUCAUUGCAGAUGAUGGAUUACUUAGCUCAAUCAGCUAGUGCGGAUGAAUCUUCAGACGAAGAACUUUUAAAGCCAGCGCUGCCCGUAACGGAGCUUAAUGAUGAUUGCCUUGAUUAUUCAAAUCGGUAUCUUGAUCCAAAUAACUACCUAUUAUAUGUGAGAAAUGAGGCUGCUAAAUAUCCGGUGACACUUACGGCACCAAUGGAUUCGGAGACAAGCCUAGGGGUUGAAGAGAUUGUUGAUGAAGAUUAUGAGGAAAGAAAUGGUGACAACCAGGAGUCAAUUUGUGAGAAUACCGGUAUAAAAUCAUUCCUCGGAGAUUUUUCUAAGAGUUGGCUUCAAUCCCAAGCAAAAAACUUCGCCUCUUCUCAAAAGGAAUUUCGUUUCGCUGUAGACGUUCUUCUAUCUUCUAAAAUGGUGCAGUCGACAUCGGAUGAAUUCACUAAGGCUCUUUGUAGCAAUAAUUUUUUCGAUUGGCUUUUGGAUAAUCCUGUAAAAUUGUCCCAUUUCAUUGAUCUGCGCCAGGAUAAAUUGGUUGAUUUUCUUCAUGAACUCCUAGCUGUUUGUUCACCUAAUGAUUGGAAAAGUGGUCUACAAACUUGGCUUUAUGCUGCUUUAUUGGCUCUCGAAAAACCUCUUCUUCCUAAUACAUGCUCCUUACUCAGAAACAUCGCGGAACAAUUCUGUGAACACUUGAGGGUCUUUGCCAAAGCGGUGGUUCUUGAACGCCUUUUCGUAUCGCGAGAGGUAAGCCUUGGCACUUUCGACGACAGAGAAAGCGAAACGAUGUUACCUGAUAUGCAGGAAUUUAAAACCGGAACAUAUCAGAGACGAAAUUGA